AUGGACGGUGAGGCUUCUCGCUACUCCAGUCUGCAGGCAGAGCCUUUACGAGAUCCUGAAGUGCCGUACCUUGCGCUGCCUCUCACUAAGAGGGCCGGAACAUCCUCAUCGAGCUCCGCCAAGGAACAGUACAAAUCAAGACUUCUCACCGAUAUCUAUGCUACCACUACUAGACUCACGACGACGCCAAGUCCUUCCAGCUACCGACCCCUUGUCAUCGGAGCGCCUCCGUCUUCCGACAGCCCACCCAGACGUCGUGGCCCCCUCAGGCCAAACCUCAACUUCAGGCCUCCUACCUCUCUGUCUACCUCGUCGUCCUCGUCAGACUGGCCUCCUCCUCCUCCUCAGCCCGGAAGCAGGCGCAAGGUGGUUCUACCCUCCUCCUCGGGCUCUGAUCCAUCACCACCCUUGCGCGGCGCCAGAAGGCCCGGCAAGAGUCCUGCAAACUCACCUACAUCCGGAACGCCUUCGUCAUCCUCUGAUUGGCCGUCGCCGACACGCGAGUAUGGAGGUCCGAGCAAAGGGCUCCUCAAGUCGCUCUUCUCCUCGGACGGCUCCCGAUCCCGAUCCCAGAAAAGUCGCUCUUCGUCUCGUGGCCCUGGCAGCCCAGGCAAAGUCAUCGUGCUGUCGUCUUCGUCUUCUCCUUCUCCUUCGGCGCGCCCUUCGUCUUCCUCGUCUGAGUGGCCUCGACUACGUCGCAUCUCCGGUGCAGGCGGUCGACGCAGAUUUCACCUAGGGCCAAGCUCAUCUUCCAGCGCCUCCUCUCCGACUGCACAUUCGCCUUCUCGAGCUGGUAGCCCUGCCCGCCACGCACGCGGGAAGAGUCACGAAGCCGAGGGAUCGACGCCAUGGUCCUCGUCUGCCAGCUGGUCACCUACCCAUUCCUCACCACCACGUCGUAGUGGCUCUGCGCCUCGCACCUACAAAGCGCUUAGAAUCAAGGCCGACAGUCCAGAGCUGACCGUCAGUGGAUUCAUCGGUAAGAAGCCGCGCACGCCUCGCGGGGAAAGGAGAAACAGGCGUCCCUCGUCGACGUAG